GCGGCGCAGCCGGCGGGAAGGGCUAAAAUGGCGGCGUAGGCACGCGCUGGCUCAGUGUGCAGUUGCAUUCCCCCGAGCGGCGAGCAGGCGGCGGCUGGAGCCUGGAACCGGAGCCGGCCCCCGCCCCCGCGUGCGGCAGCGGGAGGGUGAGGCCGGCGCCAUGCCCAACAUCAAGAUCUUCAGUGGCAGCUCGCACCAGGACCUGUCCCAGAAGAUCGCCGACCGCCUGGGCCUGGAGCUGGGCAAGGUGGUCACUAAGAAGUUCAGCAACCAGGAGACGUGUGUGGAAAUAGGCGAAAGUGUACGUGGGGAAGACGUCUACAUUGUGCAGAGUGGUUGUGGGGAAAUCAACGACAACCUAAUGGAGCUUCUCAUCAUGAUAAAUGCCUGUAAGAUCGCAUCGGCUAGUCGUGUGACAGCAGUCAUACCAUGUUUCCCCUAUGCACGUCAGGACAAAAAGGACAAGAGUCGAGCCCCAAUCUCUGCUAAACUGGUUGCAAACAUGCUGUCUGUGGCAGGUGCAGAUCAUAUAAUCACCAUGGAUUUACAUGCUUCUCAAAUUCAGGGUUUUUUUGAUAUCCCUGUGGAUAAUUUAUAUGCUGAACCUGCGGUACUGAAGUGGAUCAAGGAGAACAUUGCUGAGUGGAAGAACUGCACCAUUGUUUCACCAGAUGCAGGCGGAGCCAAGAGAGUAACCUCCAUUGCAGAUCGGCUGAAUGUAGACUUUGCCCUCAUUCAUAAGGAGCGAAAGAAGGCCAACGAGGUAGAUCGUAUGGUGCUGGUGGGCGAUGUGAAGGACAGAGUGGCCAUUCUGGUAGAUGAUAUGGCAGACACCUGUGGCACCAUCUGCCAUGCAGCAGACAAGCUUUUAUCAGCUGGAGCCACCAAAGUGUAUGCCAUUCUAACUCAUGGGAUCUUUUCUGGGCCAGCCAUCUCCCGGAUCAACAAUGCCUGCUUUGAGGCAGUUGUAGUCACAAACACAAUACCCCAGGAGGACAAGAUGAAGCACUGCCCUAAAAUCCAGUGAAAAUUUUGGACUCUGGUUCAUUCAGCAGGAUGGCUUUACUAACCUUCAAACAGCCACAGCUAGCAAAUGGAGCGAGAAAAACAGCCAAAGGCCAGUGAGUUCCAGGGGAAGUGCAACACAAACGAAAGUUUGGCCUGCCGUUCAGGAGCAGUUGGUUUGGACCCUAGGAGGUAGGAAUAGAAGGCUAUUGUGACAGGAGAUCAGAGUAUAAAAAGAAAAGUGAAGUUGCCAGUUGUCCACUAUGUGGAAGGCUUCAAAGUGGUUAGUUGGUUUAUGCUACGUCUUGCAGGCCUGAAAUAACUGUGGUAUUCUACCUGCAGAGAGCUUAACACCCUGGUCUGAUUGUGAACAAAAAAAAAAUUAUGCUUGCCAUCUCUUCCUGGAAAAGAGAAGGGGAUAUUCCUGGAAAUUGCCAUUAGAGGGGUGUCUAAGCCUCAGCAAUCUCAAAUGGCUGACAAUGAUUAUUUUUUCUUCCUCCCACUUCAGACCAGGUUUUCUUGCAUUUGCCUUACUUGCCAGCAUUUUGCUUCCAUUGCAGUAAAUUACUGAUAGCAGCAAUAUUGAACUGUGAAGCUUACGUUCAUAUAGGUAGUUUGUCAUGCCAAAGAAAUCAGCUCCAUAUCACAUGGAAAAUUGUUAAGACAAGAUGUGUGCAGGCACAAAAUCCACGCAUCCACUUCUGACAGGGUGACUAAAAGGCUUAUUGUCCUGCAAACACCCUAUCCCCAGCCAGUAAAUAAAAUAGUAAUACAGUAAUCAUACAAUUGAGUGGGUAAUUUUAAAGCUUUUUGUUGUGUUAAUGUCUCAUUUUGGAGUGGAGGGGCACAACAGCCAGCACCACAGGGAUUUAGCUGCAGCUUCAAGCUCAUUUGUUGCAUCUCCACAGUGCUAAAACAGCUCCCUUUUUCAGACUUUUUUUUCCUUAGUUAUAUUCAUUAGUCAUCACAGUUGAAUGUUGCCCCUGCAGAGAUGUUGGCAGCCCGUGUUCUCAGUCCAUACCGAGCCCAACGCUGUUCUUGUUGCAUCUGCUUCUGCCUUUGAAAUAACCCAGUAUAGGGAUGCAAAAUGCCUAGCCUGAGCCUCCUGCAUCCUUCCAGGCUAAAUGGGGCUUUGUGAACAGCAGUGAGAGCAGCCAAUGAGCUCACGGCAGGGCGGGGAGGCUCUGUGGGAAGAGGACCUGAUAGCCUAGUUCAUUUCUCAGCAACUGCCAGUGACCAAAGGCAAGAUUGCUUCCUGUCUGCAAGGGCAGAAGUAAAAGUGCAAGCAAGAGAGGGUGAGGGGGGAUGCUGAAGGCAGGUGAUGCUGCUACUGCAGGAGAAACAAGGUAAAAUACUGGUAUUUCUAUUGGGGGGUUUCUCCCUGGCUUCAAGGACCUUCCCCCUUUUCCUCUCUCAAUUUCUUAAAGAAAUUACCCUCUCCUGCUCUUUUAUUUCAUACAAACUUCCUGGGGAUGCUUCUUUUAAAACCUGAAAAACUGCCCUGAUUUCUGAUUGGCACUUUCCACUCUGAUGCUUUAGUACAUAAAAUUUCUACUAGUGCCUUAACCUUUGCCUGACCCUAGAGCAAGCUUCCACUUUUGGUGGCAGAGGUGCAUUGCCAGAUAGAGCAUCGCAGAUAAACAGCACAGCCCCUGCCCAGCUGAGGGAGUACGGUUGCUCCCUGUAGUUUUUUUUUUUGCUAGUGUAGGCUGUUUUACACCCAGACUGGAGAUGUGGUCCUAAAGGGGGUUGCCAAGAUUCUGUUGUCUUUGUCCUGGACUAAUUUACUUCCUAAUCAGAAUGAGGGUAGGAACAGAUCACGUUUACCAAUAACUCAUCUGACUUGGAUCACCCCUUGCCCACUCUCCCUUCCCCAUGCUUUGGGUCUGUGACUGUUCCAGUUUACUCUAAAAGGAGAUCACUUCUCGGUCUCUUGUGGGCUAAGAUGAAGUGUAGUUGCACUGGUCUCAUACCUGAGCCAAAAUGGAUUUAAGUGUAUUGGAAGGUGCACCCUGGUCCAAAUAUAGACAGGACUCCUUCCGAAAGCCUUAUAGUUGGCUUCCACUGGCCAGUUUCCAGUGGGAGGAUCUCAGCUACGCACUGACUAUGGAAACGGGGGAGUCCUCCCUAGCUUGCUCCUGUGCCCACUGGCUGGGGAUAUCUGACCCCAAACCUCCAGGCUUGGGCCUGCCUGUAGAAGAAUGCUUGCCAAUGGAUUUGGAAGUAUCUGAAGCCCCAGGCUGAAAAGUCUGGGGUGGAGGAUACUUGCCAGUUGCAGCAUCACAUGUGGUGUUAAAAGAUUGAGCCUUGUUUAAUCAAAAGGAUUUGGACCUGAUCUGGCUAAUUUGACCUGGAACAUGAAAACAUUUCCAAAAUACAUUUAAAAAACAAAAAAAAAGAAA